AUGACAGUUUUACAAGUAGUUCCAGUCACUAGCCUCAAGUAUGGCAGACGUCAGCAUGCCGGCCAAGUAUUGCAACAAUGGCUUGAAGCAAGCACAAAUGCCCCCAACUGCCACAUUCAACACUCGAAUAUCGAUAUGAGCCAACUGAAUGCAUUCCAACGAGUUGAUCUUGCAUUGAACACAGAACCUAUGGAUCUAGUUCAGAUUGACACGUACUUGGAUAGUGUUGAGACAGGCGGGCCUAAAAAUGGAGGCUGGCACAAGUACUGGCUGGAACAUCUGGAUCCGACUGUGGACGACCCCUUCGAUCCGGAAUUCGAAUCCGAUGACCCAGAGGCAUGGAAGACAAACUGUUGGCAGGGGCAGACCGGCCCUGGUGUCAUCGUCAUUGAAGAAAUCAAACGCAAGACAGGGCCCUUCUCUUCUCAAAUCUCCCAGGUCCUCUAUGAAGAACACUUCUCGAUGGAUACGCUCAAGUUUGUGUACAUGGUGGAUGUUAAGAAUGAAGAUACUCUACAGUUUGUGAAGACUCAGCUUUAUACGAAAUCAAACGGAGUUCUCGAGCAGCAUGGUGAUAUCACCGAACGUUACGAAUGGGAUUAUGGAACUCCGGAGUUCGAUGGCCUACUCGGCACCACCCUUGGAAAGCACGUUGCUUAUUUGCUCUUGGGCGCUUUCAAUCGUGGAACUCGUCGCAUUGGCCGAGUUAGAACUUGGUUCGCAUUCCAGGAGCUCCAGAUGGAGUUCAUGAUUGAGGAUAUCCAGGCCACAAACUACUUGCCCCCGCCUGUCGACUAUACCAAGGCCGAUCAAACGUGGUUCGGGGUGGUUGAGGAAGUUCUCCAGUGUCCUGAGCUCCCCAAUCUGAAUCAAAGUAUGCCUACCAUUCAGGAGAAUGCAGAAUUCUACACUCAGCCCGAUCAAUCUUUCAUCCAAUCUGAUCAAUUCCUGGUUCACCCUGAUCCAUUCUUGGCCCAGCCCAAUCACUUUUUGACCCAGCCUGAUCAGUAUUCACCUCAGGAUCAAUUCGAAGGAUUUUCACAUUCACCAGAUCGAUUUUUGCCUCCCCCAAAUCAAUUUAUGGCCCAACACAGCGGGGGGUGGAUAUUAGGCAUGGAGCGGCGCCAAUUGGGGGGGUCACGGCUCCUCUUCACCUAG